AUGGUCAUGCCAAGUGUUGUGAUCGUCACAAGAUCGACAGUUGGAGCUGGAACCACAGGCGUGACGGUAUCAAGUAACAGGAGUCAUUCUAAUUAUAUUAUUCCUUCGGGACUCGUUAAUGAAGAGACACAACAAAAAGAUGCCUUUUUGUUUGUAGCUAACAUAUCCAAAUACUGGGAACCUAAUGAUAUCAAGCAAUUUGUUUUUGAAACAUGCAAGUCUCCUGUAAUUGAACAGACAUUAAAACAUGUGACAGUUUUAAGAGAUUUAGAAGAUAAUUCAAAAGGCGAGUGUUUGUUGACAUUUGCAAACCCAAAUGCAUGUCAUAUGGCAAUGAAACUGCUGCGAGGUGCAGAAUGUGAUAACAAGAAGAUAAUAGUCAUGCAGGAUUCUGGUCGGAUACCUUUAUAUGUUGCAUUAAAUCCAUACUUGGCUUCUGACAAGAGUAACCUAGUUGAACAUUAUAAAAAUUUAAGAAACAAUACAGAUCCAAAUACAGUAACAACAAAACCAACUAACAACGUCACUAAAUCAACAAACACAUCUUUUGGUUCUUCGAACGAAACAUAUGGUCUGAGCAAAGAAUUUUUGGAUUACCUCGAGAUAAAACUACCGCUGCAUAAAAUAAUAUUCAUUGGAAAUUUAGAGUCAUCAGUAACUGAAGAACAAAUACGCGAACUCUUCCAGCAUGCUGGUCAUAUCUAUGGCAUAAUGCUCAUGAAAUCCGAGAAAGCGAAAACAUUUGCCAAGAUUGAAUAUGACCAUCCGGUCGAAGCUGUACAGGCUAUAUCGAUGUUCCAUGGCCAUAUGUAUAUGAAUAGAACUUUGAUAGUCAAGAUGGACAACAAUGGAAGUUUGCAGUUAAAGCGAUCGGGGCCGGGUUUAGGACCUAACGGGCAACCAUUGCGAGCGGUCAGGUAUUCCGUAGAAUUGGAGCCCCUCAAGCAAUUAUUACUGCAGGAAAUUGCUAAAUUACAAACAAUAAAACCACAAGAAGGUAAUGUUAAUACCGGAUAUCAAGGUAUUCUACAAAACAACUCCAUUGGAGCCAUGAGCAAUUUCCAGAAUACUCAGAAUCUUAACGGCCUGCUGAAUGUUGAUGCCUUUAACCCAUAUAAUCAAUAUUUGUAUACAUAUAACAUGAUGAACAGUCAAGGUGUGCAAAAUUUAGUAAUGACGCCAGGAUUACAACCGCAAAGCAAUGUUAUGUCAGUAUUCCAGAAUCAAAAUAUAGCUAAUACGGUUCAGAAUCCAAUGGCUGGUAUUCAAAAUCAAUUUAGUAAUAUAGACCAGAAUAUUAUUGGAAAUAAGGCACAUAAUAAAACGGAUGAAGUUAAUACGUUUUUAAAAAGAAAGCAGAGUAAGGAAAGCCAUAGACAAGAAAGUUCUCCAACACAAAGCGACAGUUAUGAGAAGUACUUGUAUGAUAAGAUGUAUAGUAGCGACUUGGAAGAACCAGAGACUAAAUAUACACGUAGAGUAUCACCAACGAGAAGCGAACAUUCUGAUAGCAGUGUUGAUACAUCUUCUGAUUUGUUAAUUUUCACAAAUCUACCGUCAAGUUUGAACGCGGACACGCUGUCUUCCAAAAUGAGUGAAAUAGGCGAUUUGAAAUUCGUGGAGUUGACCGGAGGCAAUAAGGCCAUCGUGAAAUUCAACAAUACUCGCGACGCUGAACGUUGUAUCAGACUGUUAGAUCGUUCCAAAGUGGAUGGACAAAGAAUAAACGUGAAAUACCUGUAAAUAAAAGUGAGUAUUUCAGACUCGUCGGUGUGAGGUAAGUAAGGUAAGAUUGAAGUAAAACUUUAAGGGAAAUUGAACUUAUACAUACAGAUUUUCCAUUAUUCAUUCCUUCUUCCUUGUCAUAAUUUCUUGGGUUAGAGAUAAAUUUGUAUAGGUUGAUCUGCGUUGUAAUAGCUUUUUUUUAAUAUUUAUGGCUGCAGGGUUACGAUGAUUUUGCCAAUAUCAAGCUGGGAUAUCACUGCUUCUUUUAUAAUCUGUUCAUACGGCUUUUUUUUAGCUAUCCAAAUUUGUUGAGAAUUGGACUCAAAGGAAACAAAUAUAUAAUGCUGUAUUUGUUAGUUGAUUGGAUUAUCAAAUAUUUGCGUUUUACAGUUUUAUUAAACUACAUUUGAAAUAUCAGUGGCGUAAUGUAUAUAAAAAUACUAUACUUUACAUACCUACAUAUGUAUAUUUUAAACAAGUGCACAACUUGUGUUUAUUUAUCAACCUCAAAAUCAUUUAUUCACACGGACCUUUCUGCCUUGUGUAUACAUCUUUUUUUUUUAUCAAUAUGCCUACCGCCCUAGAUUUGCAGACAUCUGUCGAUGAAAACUUUUUAGCCCUUUCAAGCCUAUAUGGUGAAUCAUAUUUAAUAACAUAUUCUGUGAAAAUUUCAUAGUAACUCUUCCAGCCAUUAUCUACAAAUUCUAAAAACAGGUAACGCAAAUUCUUCAAGUAUAUAACUGUUUUGUUUUCUGUAAUCUAAGAUUAUUUCAGUCGAUAAAACGUGCCAUUUUCCAAAUCGUGAUACAAAAUAGUUUUUAUGAUUUUAGAAUAUAAACUAAAAAUUUUACCUAGCAUUUUUCAUUUCCUGUGUACAUUAGGUACUUUUGUUAUUUUAGGCUUGUUACUUCCAGGUAUCUUUAAUUGUACAGAAAGACGGGUUUUGUGGAGUCAUUAGUAGAAUCAUUUGUUCAUUUUUCUAGAUUCAUAGUUUUAGGUAUAAUAGAAUAGAAGCAGAUCCUUCUCACUCUCCUGUCUUAGUAUUUCAUCUAUUAUUAUCUAUUAUGAUUAUAGCAUUAUAUUUUAGGGCAUUUUCUUCCAGCACCAUGUUUAAUAUUUAAGUCGAAGCUCUUCAAUUUUUCAUUACGUGACCCCUACGUAGUUUAGUCAUUUUCAUGUUGUCUCUUUAUUUCUGUUCAUGAUUUUUUAGAUCUAAUUGAAGACUAAGGAGUUAUAUAUUAGAUACAUUAAUGUCUCGCCAGCUAAAGUCCAACUAGUUGACUCGGCUUUGCCUAUAUUACUCGGGAACAUGGGCAGUGAAAGGAUUUCUCAAUUCGGUGCAGUGCUUCCGGAGUUUAAUUUCCUGAUAACUAAAUUGUCUCUAUUUUACUUUAUAUUAGUAUACAUAUAUUAUCUAAUAUUUUUAAUUUUAUAUAUCGUUUAAGGCAGCCGUGCCGUAAGUAAUUCGACUUUUCGAUCUUUGUUACUGAAAUUUCAUGUAUUUUUCAUGUAUUUAAGCCAGUGCGGGGUCUUUAGGCACAUAAUUUGGGUACGAAAUUAGAUUCUUCAGUUUGGGUUUUUAUAAAAAAAAUACUUGCAAUUGUUUUUCUUUUAAUAUUACGUUUAGUUCCCUACUAAGUCAGAGCGUGGGGCCCGUAGCAUUUGCUACCAUUGCUACAAGUUAAUACGCCACUGUAUUUAGGAUAUUAAGCUUGAUUUUUUAGUUCCCGUACAAUUCUGUAAUUAAAAAGGUAAUUACUCUGUGUUUUAGCGCUGCCAUUUUUUAAUCUAUAGAACUGUUUUUUAAUACUUUAUUGUGUUUAUAGGUGCCUCACAAUGUUUUCCUUCCACAUUUUACUUUUAGUGCAUUUACUAAAAAUGGCAAAGGUCUUAAUGAAAUAUUGUUUUUAUUUCAGUGGAGUACGCAGCUUAUUGAAGACUAUUUUAUUCGUAGACAAAAUCAAUUAUCUAUAUAGGAUAUUUUUUUAUAUUUCUUGCACGUGAAUAAUUAAAAAAUAUAUAUAACUAUCCUCACCGUCCAGUUUCGAUCACUUUAGUACUGUAUGUAAGAAACUCUGGUAAAUUUCUAGUUUUAAAAUACUUUGCUUACUUUAUUAUAUUGCUAAAUAUUUUAGUUUUACUGUGACGUCACCAUUUCAUAAUAUUGCUAAUUUAAUCUAAUAAAAU